AUAACCUCCCCUUAUAAGUAUUGAUCAGUUUAAACACUUGGAACUGAAAGCCAUGAAAUGAAAGCCUUACAAAGAUACAAUUUUUUCAAUCUCUGUAAUGCUCGCCGGAGAAAUUUAUCCUCCGUCGCCGAUGCUACACUUCAUAAAUCCGACGAUGAAGAACACAGCGUUAUUGGGGAAUCCAAAAAUUCAAUUAUUCUACCAUAUUUGCACCGGGCAGUACAAGAAUGUGCGAAACAGAGGACUGCAAUAAAUGGAAAAUCGGUGCAUGCCCAGAUUAUAAAAUGUGGAUAUGAAGCUGAUAUAUUGACAACAAACAUGCUCAUCAAUAUGUAUGCAAAGUGCGGCAUUGUUGAUUUUGCUCGCAAGGUGUUCGACGAAAUGUCUCAGAGAAGUCUUGUUUCAUGGAACACACUAAUGGGUUCGUAUAUACAGAGCAGAGAUGAAGAUGAAGCUUUGCGUCUUUUCGUUCGAAUGCAAAGGGAAGGUAGUCAGGUUAGUGGGUUUACUGUUUCAGGUGUUCUUUGUGCUUGUGCUGCUAAGUUUGCUGUUUUAGAAAGUAAACAAUUGCAUGGUUUUGCUAUUAAGGUAUCAGCGGAAUCUAAUGUUUUUGUGUCAACUGCUUUGCUUGAUGUUUAUGCUAAAUGUGGGUUGAUGAAAGAUGCUUUUCGUGUUUUUGAUUCUAUGAAUGAGAGAAAUGAGGUUACUUGGAGUUCAAUGGUUGCUGGAUAUGUUCAAAAUGAGUUAUAUGAGGAGGCUAUAAUGUUUUUUCAUAGGCUACAAAAGUCCGGGAUAGAGCAUAAUCAGUUUAUUCUUUCUUCGGUUAUAUCUGCUUGUGCUGCGAUGGCUGCUUUGUUAGAAGGGAACGAAACGCAUGCUAUAGUAUGGAAAACGGGUUUUGGUGCCAAUGUUUAUGUGGCUUCAUCUCUUGUGGACUUAUAUGCAAGAUGUGGAAGUGUUGACGAAGCGUAUAUUGUUUUUUCAAAUGCUGAGGUGAAGAAUGAUGUAAUAUGGAAUUCAAUGAUUUCUGGCUUUGCUAGAAAUGCACGGUCUUUAGACGCUAUGACGUUGUUUGAGAAAAUGCAGUUAGUGGGAUUUUUCCCGAAUGAAAGGACUUACGUCUCUGUGUUAUCUGCUUGUAGUCAUAUGGGUCUUGUUGACAAGGGGCGGAUAUAUUUUGACAAGAUGAAGAAAGAACAUAACUUGUCUCCCAAUGUAUAUCAUUAUUCAUGUAUGGUUGACAUUCUUGGUAGAAAAGGUUUGGUUGAAGAAGCUAAGGAUUUAAUAGAAAAUAUGCCGUUUGCUGCAACUGCUUCCAUGUGGGGUUCUGUCUUGGCCUCUUGCAGGGUGUGUGGAAAUGUUGAGGUGGCUGAAAUUGCUGCUAAGCAUUUGUUCGAGCUCGAGCCUAAUAAUGCUGGGAACCACGUCUUGCUUUCAAACAUAUAUGCUUCCAAGAAAAGGUGGGGUGACGUUGCAUCAACAAGAAAGCUUCUUAAAGACAGUGAAGCGAAGAAAGAAAGAGGCAAGAGUUGGAUACAGAUAAAAGACAAGGUUCACACGUUCAUGGUCGGGGAAAGAAAUCAUCCAAGCAUUAUAGAGGUUUAUUCAAGAUUGGAUGAAUUGUUGGUAGGUAUGGAGAAGUUAGGUUACAAAGGUGAAACCGAACACGAUCUGCAUGAUGUGGAAGUGAGCAGAAAACAUGAGUUUCUGAGACAUCAUAGUGAGAAGCUUGCUUUUACAUAUGGAUUGAUGUGUUUGCCCUCAAAUGCUCCUAUAAGAAUUAUGAAGAACCUCAGGAUCUGCGGGGACUGUCAUUCCUUCAUGAAGUUUGCUUCAAAAGUAACACGGAGGGAAAUCAUCGUUAGAGAUGUUAAUCGUUUUCAUCACUUUACUAAUGGAUCAUGUUCAUGUGGAGAAUUUUGGUAAAGAAUGUAACUGCUUGGAUUUUAGAUCCUUUCUCUGAACCAAGUGUUUUGGUUCAGAAACGUGGAAAAAGUAAUUAAAAUCUGGCUCUUGUAUACCUCGACAUGUGUAAGAAAUUAGAGGCAUUACAUCACGGAGUACCUGUUAUGUCAACAUAAUGGUGUUACAACAACAAGCUGGUCAAAAACCACUUUCCUCUAAGCAUCUGAUGUGAUUACAAACUUUGUAAACAAGCUGGACCUGGACUCCAGGCAGUGCCUUUCCCAUAAUAUGAUGAGCAAAGGCCAUCAACUACAUCUUCUAACACCACCAAGUUAGAUUCUUAUGACAUCCAGACAGGGGCCAGAAUAGCUUGGUCGGUCAUUCCUCUUGCCAACAAUCACGUUAGAAUCUCCACACUCCAAAUUUAGCAACCUGUUUUACAGGGUCCGUAAUGUCAGGUCAGCGUCAGCAAAGGAAAGUUAUCCAGGAGUAUAAUCAAGAGAGGAAUCACCAAGUCAUUUAGAAUCUUAUGGUCCUUGUGAGAAAAACAUGGAAGAGUGUGUACUUUGUGACUUUGCUGCGCAGCUACUGAUUCGUGAUUUGUAUCAGGUGGAAAGUUGGAGAUUGAGAAAGGUGAAUCAUAACAAUACUACCUCUCAACCUAAUGGUCUCCUCACCGAGCAGAAGGGGACUGUUGUUACUGUUCGAUCACACAAGAACUGAUAGCUUGACAGGACUGACUGAGUGUGGAGGUAACCUGGUUGGUGAACGUAAAGAGAUACUAUUCGCUUGUGAAGCUGCACAGCUCAUUUACCUCCUGAGCUCUUUUAGCUGAUAUUUUAGCUCAGAGAAGCUGUAUUCACUACAUUACUCCUGAAGUGUGAAUAGAGGCUGUAUAAUGUAGUCCAUUUUCUGAUGAGGAGUUAUGUGGAGGGACUUAACUCCAAUCGGUAACAUACCGUAAAGUUGUCUCUGUAGGACCUAAAGGUUACGGGUUUCAUGAGUGGCAUUUCAUAUUGAUUGUGCCCUCUUCACUCUCUAACCCACCUCAUCUUCACUGCUUUUAGGAUAAUAUUUUUGCUUAUAUACCGAACACAAGAAAAUAAGUAAAGAAUUCACUUAUUUUCCAUCAAAGCAUUUUUCUUCGUACCGAA